UAUUACCUUAAUCAUUCGCGACAUAAACGUCAACGAUUUUUUCUUGUCAUUUUUACAUUAUAUUAUUUUAAUGAUUUUAUAAUUUAUUUACUUAACUAAAUAGUAUAUUAUUUCUAAUAUGCAACAAAUUUCUAAACCUGAGGAGACUGAAUUGAAUGAUUUAAGCUUUAAGAAGCGAUUGGAGAAUGUAAAGUAUAACCUGGAGAAGAGAAUACAAUUGCCAUAUACAACAGAAGCCAAAAAUAAGGAGACUGAUUCGUUCUCGUGUAAUAAAACUUUUAAAUCCCAUCCUAGAAUCUGUUCUAGUUCGAAUACGUAUGUUUCAGUUUCACCAAGAUUUAAUAGGUCAUACAUUGAUUUUGAUAUUGAAAGCUUAGAAAGAAACAAAGAACGGAUAAAAAAUGCCAGAAGACUUCAUGAAAAGUUAAGCUACAAGUAUCCAAGCCAAGACCAACUUUUCGAUAUUCAUAUCGGUGACUCUUAUGAUGUUACUCCCGUUACCAGUUUUUCGAACAUAUUGAAUAUGAAUGCGAUGUCUGUCAGAAAUGAUCCGAAUUUCACAUCUGAAAUUAAAGAAUUGUACAUGCCUAAGAGAAAAGGCAGUGUUCCUACACCAGAAAUAAAAUACAGUAAAACUAUUCGCCGAGAAGAUAAGGGCGCAUCAAAAUUUGUCACACAACCUUUACAUAAAAUACUACCCGAGAGUGUGUUUGAAAAGAAGUUUAGAUGCUUUGUUGAGAAAAGUCUGCAAAGUUUAAAUGAAAUAAGAAACCUUCUCGAUAAGGGGAUUGAACCACCAGAUGGAGAUGAAGAUAUAUCCAGAAGAAAAUUAAGAGUUAAGGAGUUUUCAAAUCGAUUUUCAAGGAACUAUCUUUAUCCAAUCGUCAGGCAGAUUGAUGAAUUAAGUAAAUUUAAGCAAAUCCAUCCCACUACCAAUCAAAAGGUGUUAAACGCUUAUAAUGUUAUAUAUAACGGACUAGUAGCAUAUCAGAAUCAUCUUCCUACCUCCAUAGGUGCAUGUUCUUCAGAUAAACUAAAACUACUGCUUAAACACCUUAUGGAUCUUUGUGAUAUUCAUUUUAAACUUGUACCAAAAGAAGACGAAAAUGGUUACUGCGAUAUUAUACAGAAUUUUAAACAAAAUGCUGAAGUUACUCUUCAGAAAGUCGAAGAUAUGUUCACAAAAUAUAAAGAAAUUAUUUCUAUUCCACCAAGUACUCCACAAUUUCAUCCAGAGCGCAAACCAAAUCGAAUUAUCAAGAAAAAUAAAAAUAAUUUGGAAGACAGACUAUACAUGUAUAACACAUCAUCAAAAACGGUAGAAGCGUUUAGCAAAAAGAGAUUGAAUACAAAAUCCCGUUACAAAACAUCGCAAUUCAAACAUAGACCACUGUUGGAAAAGGUACGCAUUGGAGAUCCAGUUCCUCUAGUUAAUUCAAUGUCAAAUAAUUGUAAAAUUCUAACCAAGAAAUUAGCUGGUAAUAUAAAAAAAUCAACUCUUCCUUCUCCAAUAAACGAAGACUCUAUUUCUACUAUGAUUCAAAUGGUGAAUGUUGAUGUAAGGGACGAUUUGGAAUUGGAUGCGGAGAAAAAGGACGAAACAAAAACAGAAAUUGUGAAUCAUGAGGAAAUUGUGGUGAAAUUGCUCCAGUUGGUACUGGAAAUGAAGGAGAGGAGAAAAGAUGACUGCGAUGAAAACGUUCAAAGGUCAAACGACGAGAAAGAAACAAAAAUUUUAGAGAAAAUAAAAGAAGGUUGUGACUACGAAGUUCUCAAAGAAAUACUAAACGAACUACAAGAAAAUAAGACGAAACAAUGUCAUGGAGAAUUGGAGCUUAAAAUACAAAAAAGUGCCGAUUCCUUCACUACCAAAUCGUCCAGACUCCGCAAAGAAUCUACAUUAACUACAGAUCACGUCAAAAUUAAAAAGGGAACCAUAAAUAGUGACAGCUCUGUAGAGAGUGACGAAGAAGAACUAAAAGAUGGUCAAACCGAAAAAAUCAUGGAAGUGGCACCCAUUCAUUCUGGUAAUAAGUCGGACUCAGAUAAAGAAAAUAAAGAAAGAGUUCAAAAAAUUUCGCUAAAUAUGAAAAGGUCAUCAAAGUCUUCCAAAUACUUGAAGAUGCUAUCAAAGGAUUACGCUCUUGAUAUAAUUCAAUACAAAAUAGAUUUUUAUAAACAUUGCAAAACCAAUCCUAUGUAUAGUACGACAAACAUAAGACCUUGGAUAUUAAUGAACAAGCUAUCAGAUAGAAUACUCAAUGCAGCUCUCCUUGGUGUAGCCAAAGAAGUAGAAAUAAGUGAAGUAGUAGAAAAAAUUUAUCAAUCUGAAUUGCAAUUUUGUUAAUAUUUUUAUAAAUGAUAUAAAUAAAAACAGUAGGAUGUG